GUUAAAAUAUAGAGAACAGGCAGAUGUAAUUCCUCAUUACCCCCUCUCUGUUAGGGUGAGAUGCUAACAGUAGGAUGAGGACUGAGGCGUGUGCCAAGCUCGGCUCCCCCUUUUCUUUUAUGUGAGUGACAGUGGCUCGGACAGCGACCCUGGCUACCAUUCCCAGGCUCUCUAUGGACGAGAGCCCAGUCUGCCCCGUACAUAAAGCACCUCUGUGAAAACAAGAGUCCAGUUUUAGCAGGACUGACCUAGGCUGCUGGAGGGGAAAAAAAACAACAAAACUAAUUUUCAAACUUCAUCAUAUCCAGCAACUGAGAAUCUUCUCAACGCUCCUCUAAAGACGUGUCUGCUCUCUUGACGUCUGAAGCCUCCAUCUGUCAUACCUGUGCUAUGUUUAUACCGGUAUUUAUUUUUACAUAUAACUGCGCCUGUUUUUUGGUCCUUGUCUGCAAACUGUCCAAGUAUACACAGGGAUGUUUACCUCUGCACAUCACAAGUAUCACUGUCUGCCUGUGUAUACACUGUCACAUUGACAAAGUGUGUUUAAAUUUAAUUUGUGCAUGUAUCUCCUGUCUCCAUUUAACCUCUAACUUUCUGUUUUGUGUUGCAGGGCACUUCAUUUGGGCAACUCUUCUUGGGUUGAGCAGCCUGUCGGACUUACAUGUAACGCACCACAUGGGCACUGUUUUUUUAACGGCUGCAAGAUGUCUAUAGACCAGGACUCCUGGGUACCUGAGGAUCAGGAAAGCGUUACAGGAAAGCUGCAACGAAAGAUGAAGCAGUCCCCUCUUGUCCCUGUAGGUGAGUUAUAUAAGGCACACAUCGGUGGAAUUUUAUCAACGUGUCCUGCUCUAAAGUACAGGGGCAAUCAUCGUGGAGAUCAACGGAGCCAGUAAGCACCCUUCAUUGGAAACUCAUCUCCUCUAAUAUUUUUGCACCUCAUUUUAGAAUACUUUGAUAAAUUUUCCACAUUGGAAUUCACCCAAACUCAAAAAAACUAAACAAAAAAAUGUUAACACCUGUUAACAUAAAUAUAGACUUAUCAGAUUUCUAGAAAAAAAUAGUCAAUAAGUAGGUAGUUCAAUCUCUAUAAGAACAAAGUGAUGGCAUGUCGGUAACAUGUUUAAUGGGUUAAAGUGUCCAUUUUACAUGUGGAUCCAUGCUAACCGAGAAUUACUGCACAGGACUCUUGUGUUUAUACUAAUAUCUCUGACUCUGUAAGUUUGUCUUUCAUCCGUCCAGAUCUGUCUGUGAAUUGUUCAAGUGUGGACAGGACUGUGUAAUGCUGGAUGGAUAGGGUUGUUUAUUUCUAUAUAUUUAUCCGGGGUCUGGUUAAAGUGUCAGUCUCCAGCCGCAGCAAAUUGACCUACUUAAUCUUUUUGGUUUUCAAUUGCUUAUUAUGGGAUUUAUAAUGUAAGCAUUGAAAUGAUUAUAAUAUCAGCACUUAAUGAGUGAAAACAACACAUUAAUGUUUACAAAUUGAAAAUGAAAAUUAGCUAGUGUGCAUUAACUUGCCAGUUUGUAAUGUAAAUGUCUAAACCUUUUAUUGAUCAAUGCAGUGAUAUUUACCAUCUAUGAUUUUAUAUAUAUAUAUAUUUGUUUCUGUUUAUGCAGCCCUAGUCACACCUCCCCUGGCUGUGACUCAGACAGCCUGCAUGACAAAAUGGUUUAAUUUUCAGUCAGAGGUUAACUUACUUUAGAAGUUUAAAUUGACAUUUAAACUUUGUUUACAGGGCAUGCAGAGUUCUCUUUACAGGAAGUGUUUAGAAAGGCUAUAUAAGUUAGAUGCAGAGAGGUGUAACUAGGGCUGCACAAAGUGAUUAAAAGGGAUGCUAUAGUGUUAGGAAUACAAAUCUGUUUUCCUAACACUAUAGACACCUCUGGUCCCGGUCCCCCCCACCUCAUAAAGGGAUAAAAAAAACCAAAAAAAACUCUUUAGUCACUAACCCGUUUGCAGCAUCGGCCGUCCGCGCUCCGCCUUCUCCGACGAGGAGCUUUCCUGUGGGCAUUUUACUGAUGCUGGAUGUUCUCAUGCAGAGCGUGAGCACAUUCAGUAUCAGUUAGAAAACCAAAAGUCGGUUAGCCACCAGGAAGUUCCUCUGGUGCUAAUCUGACUGACAGCCAUUAGAGGCAGUCUUAGUCCUGCAAUGUAAUUAUUGAAGUUUCUCAAAAAAAAUUUUACAUUGCAGGACUAAGUGAGACUUGGACAAUGUGUGACUUUAGUGUCCCUUUAACUCCUAAAAUAGCAGAGAAUUGAGCAGUGUGACUGCAGGGAUAUGAUCUAUACACCAAUACUGCUUUAUUAAGCUUAAGUUGUUUUGAUGCCUAUAGUACAAGUAGCUAAACUGAAGUAGCUAAAAAGAUAGCUGUGUUUUCAGUUUGGCAAAGUCAGCGUAAAAUGUGAAAUUGACUUACAUGGUUUUGUUUUAAAGGGACACUAUAGUCACCAGAACAACUACAGCUUAUUGAAUUUGUUCUGGUGAGUAUAAUCAUUACCUUCAGGCUUUUUGCUGUAAACAAUGUAUUUUCCGUGAAAAUGCAGUGUUUACAUUACAGCCUAGUGAUAACUUCACUGGCCACUCCUCGGAUAGCUGUUAGAGAUCCUUCCUGGGUCAUGGCUGCCUAAAAUGCAUCCAAACAUUCAGUGUCUCCACCCUCUGCAUGCAGACGCUGAACUUUCCUCAUAGAGAUUCAUUGAUUCAAUUUAUCUCUAUGAGGAGAUGCUUAUUGGCCAGGGCUGUGUUUGAAUCAUGCUGGGCCUACCCCUGAUCUGCCUCCUUGACAGUCUCAGCAAAUCCUAUGGGGAAGCACUGUGAUUGGAUCAGGCCACCACUACUGAUGAUAUCAGCAGACAGCUUGUUUUUCUGAGGCAAACAGCAUGCAGAGCUACAGCUUUAGGCUUGAAUACAAGUAAGAUUAGGGAGGCAUAAGGGGCCCAGGGGGGCUAGAUGGUGGGUUUUAAUACUAUAGGGUCAAGAAUACAUGUUUGUGUUCCUGACCCUAUAGUGAUCCUUUAACUAAAUUUGAGAAUUGCUGGAAAAUGACGGCUAUGGUCCAAUGUAAACCAAACUAUACAAAGAAUUGACUUUCGAGUAUUUUUCUAAAUCUGCUCUUUUGGCCUUAAAUUUUGAAAUUUACUCUGAAUACCUAGCAAUUCUCACACCAGUGAAUUAAUCUGUUUACAUUUACUUUUAAUUCCCAACAAUUUACGGUUUAGUGAGUAACCUGGCUUAGCAGGGCUAUAGCUUCAUUGCAUUUUAAGCAACACUCCAAGCACAAUGUGAGAAUUGCUUAUGCAACUGAUUAAAAAUCUCUCACUUCUAUUCACUUGCACGUGUAUUUUUAAUUCAGUUUUUAAUUGAUCAGUUGAUCAUAAUUUAGUACUUAAGUACUGCAAUUAGUACAUGACAAGAUUUGUGUUUUUUUUGGCGUUGCAAAAAUGUUAAAGGGACACUAUAGUCACUCAGACCACUUCAGCUCAAUGAAGUGGUCUGGGUGCAAUGUCCCUCAGGUUUUAACCCUGAAUGCAAACGUCUUCCGGACAGCCACUAGAGGCGCAUCUGCGACGCUGGAGGCAUAUCAUGCCUCCAUCGUGCACAGUGUCCAUAGGAAAGCAUUGAGAAAUACUUUCCUAUUGAUAGCUUGAAUGCAUGCGCAUUCGGCUCCGCUGACGUCAGCGGGGGAGGAGAGGUCACCCUCGGCUCUGGAAUAAGGUAAGUUGCUGAAGGGGUUUUAACCCCUUCAGCGCCACUGGAGGGGGACCCUGAUGGUGGGGGCUGCCUCAGGCACUAUAGUGUCAGGAAAACCGCUUUGUUUUCCUGAUACUAUAGUGAUCCUUUAAAUACACUAAACAAUGAUUUCAAACUAAAAUCAAAAUGGCAAAAUUUAGGCUUAAAUUUCCAAGUUGGGACUAUAGCAGAGUUGUUGAAUUCUUCCAGAUCAGCUAUUUUUUGUCCAGGUUUUGCCGCUUGGAUUCCAAUUCAUUACAAUAAGGAAUUUGCAGAAGGCUGUAUGAAGUACUGGCUAUUACGGGCACUUCUAUAGCGCCAACAUAUACUGCAGUGCUUUACAAUAUUAGAAAGGGGGAAAUUUAACAAUAGACAAGACAAUUAUAAAAUGUUACAUGAGAAAUAGGUUGAUGAGGAACCAGCUAAGAAAAAAGCUUACAAUUUAGAAGAGGUGGGGUAUAAAAACACAGUAGGAAGGGCAGUGUUGGAAUAGCAAGCAAGUGACAGGGUGGGAAGUAGCAGGUCUGACAGGUGAUAGUGGAGUGUGACCCUUUUAAGAGUGAGCAAGGGAUAAUUUGUGAGACACAUUACUAUGGGAGGCCACAGGGUAAUCCAGUGGUUCUCAAACUUUUAUGGUUCAAGGCGCCCUUAAUAUUUCAAUGUUUUUCCAAGGCAAAACUAAUUUCUAGGUUGUUUAUCUGCGCUGCGCCAUAUACUGGCGCUAUGAUAUCUAUAGUGUUGUUUGUAUAGAAUUUUAGUGUUUUAAUAAAGGGGUGUGUUUGAAUGUAAUGUUCACUUUUAAAUGUGGAUGUACAUUUGUGUGAAGUUUUUGUGUUGGAGUGAAGGGUGUGUUUGUAUGUAAUAUUUGUGUUAGAUUGCAGGAGUGUGUUUGUGUAUACAUCCAAGCAGUCAAACACCAGCACAACAUACAUACACCAGCACAACAUACAUACACUACCACAUACAUACAUGCACAUUAACACAGAGAUACAUAAAAAUAUAAUCACACACAGACACACCAACACAAACACACCUUAACAUGCGCAUACAUUUAUAUAAAUAUACACACACACGCGCGCGCGCGCAUCCUGACACUUAAGGAGUGUGCCUUAAAUGGGUUAAUGCACUAGAAUAACAGGAGCAUUAAUAAUUGACCUAUUGAUUAUUUUGCUAUUUAACAUGACAGAGCAGCAGACAGAAUGCAUGAUAGCAAUGCAUUCAAAGUUAAUUAACACACAAUUUUUUUUAAUUUACAAGGUUUGGCCGGGUUUGCUGUGAUUGUAGCAUACGGACUAUAUCGUCUCAAGGGAAGAGGAGAUGUCAAAAUGUCCGUGCACCUCAUACACACUCGUGUGGCAGCUCAGGCUUGUGUGGUGGCUGCAACUGCACUGGGUAAGACCCUUCCAAAAAUUCUUCACUGAGAGAGAAAUAUGGGAGUGUACAUUAAGUCUACACUCCGUCUUUGCAUCUAAUUGCAUUUUUUUUUUCCCUAACAAGGCCAAUUCUGCAUCCAAACAAUAAAUAAUUACAAAUAAUAGACAAUAGGUCAAUACGUUUUUAUGUCUUGAUAUAACACAGGGCUCGACAAACCUCAUGGCGACUAGAAAUUUCGCCCUGGCGUCUGGGAUUUGCCAGCUCUCUAGUUAGUGUGGCUGCCGAGGGAGCUUUGACGGAGGAGGAGGAGGAUGGAGGCGGCCGCCCUAAGGAGGCUAUGGUUGGUGUGCAAGGGAGCAGUACUCUGCAUGUAGCUCCUCUCUGCUCCCUCGCGCGCUGUGUAAUGAUGCCGGGAGCAGGGAUAUGACAUCACUCUGGCACCUGAGAGCGCGAGGGAGCAGAGAGAUGCUACAGGCAGAGUGCUGCUCCCUUGCACACCAACCAUAGCCUCACACACAAAGAGAGCAGAAAGGCUCACUCAGCUCUCCCAAAGGUUGGGAGGCUGAGUGGGGUUCAAUUAAAACAAAAGUGUGUGUUUUUACACUGAAAAGCCUGCAGGGGCAGGCUACAGACACCAGAACCACUACAUCAAGCUGUAGUGGUUCUGGUGACUAUAGUGUCCCUUUAGGAAUUGAAUUUUAUCGUUGAAAAUGACUGGCUCCUAACUUUUUUAGCUGGCUCCUAGAUUCCAAACAAAUUUGUCAAGCCCUGAUACAACAUAUUUUUGCAUGGGUAACAUCAGAUGGGCACACUGUGCAGACGGUCCCACUUCCCAUGUGCAAUCAAUGACCGUGUGCUUUAUCGACGAAAAGUUAUUUUCUAACCAUUUGCUAGCAGGGCUAAUUACUAAACUACGAAGUGCUGGUAAUUCGCAAAAUAAGAUAGACAAGUUAGAGGAAGAAUUGAGUUGAAGAGUUUUUUUCUAGUUUGCCUUAACCAGUCUUCAAGACACCCCUAACCAGUCCAGGCUUUAGGGAUUACCAAGUUGUGUCUAAAGUGUUUUUUAGAGUUUAAAAACUAAAACAAACCUUAGACACAGCUGGGUAAUUUAUAAAGCCUGCACUGGUAGUGGUGCCUUGAGGACUGGUUUGGAAUUCACUAGCCUAAACAAGUCCCUGGUCAGUUCCAAACCUGUUUUGUUCAAGAGAAAACGCCACGUCCUACCUGGCCCUCUGCGAUCUCAUUAAAGUGGUGGGUGUUACACUUCUGUUCUUUGCUGCCUUGUAAACCUCCUCCACGGAGUGACGUGACUCCGUUCCUAUACUCCAUAGCAGUGCCGGGGUAGGGAGUUACCAUAGCAACCACAGCGCAUGCACUGUGGCUGCAAUGGGUGGAGAGCAGAGGGACCUUCUGCGGGAGGUCUAUUUUGCUCUCCCUGUCUCUCAAUUCCUCAGCAUUAAAGGAACACUAUUAGGCACCCAGACCACUUCAUCUCAUUGAAGUAGUCUGGGUGCAAUGUCCAUGUCCCCUUAGUUCUGUAAUGUAAAACACUUCUGUUUUAGAGAAGGUGCAAUGGUUCUAGUAACUGUGAAACGGCGCUGGACGUCCUCGCGCUCCGCAUGAGCACAUCCAGCGUCAUAGGAAAAACCCAUAGUAAAGCAUUGAGGCAAUGCUUUCCUACGGAGAAGGCCUACCGCCCUCGCCGUGCAUGCGCAUUAGGGUUCCCCAAUGGGAUGACGGAUAAUGAGGCGGGACAUGAAUUGGGUAAGUGAAUAAAGGGUUAUUUAACCCUUUACAACGCAGGGAGUGGGAACCGCAAGAACAUUAGUGUUAGGAAUACAUCUUUGUGUCUGCCAAGGGACCGAGAGAUAUAGGAGAACUAUUUUUAGGUAGGUUUUUGUCCCAAUCUAUAAAUUAGCUCGCAAAACUGCUUGCACAAUGUAUAGAUAGAAUUUUAAGCUCCUUUAAAAGAGAUAAAGUUGUAUAUUUCAUGACAGGUUCGCUUAAUAACUACAUAAGCAUUGCUUUUUUUUUUUUUUAAACCAACACCACCUCACAAUUAAAAUCUAAAAAUCCUUCAGUCGCUUUCCUUUUAACCCUUGUUUCCUACUUUAACCCUGCCUUUCACUCGCUUGCCAUUUUUAACUCUUCAAUUUACCAAGAUGCCUUUUAACCCUGGAAUCUAGAAUUCCAUUUUACUCUGGUAUUUCCCAUUGUUACGACUUCAUAUACCUUUAAUGCGGUUUUUCUUCUUUUAAUUUUGAACCCUCCAUUUUUUUUUUCAUGUUUAUUUACCCAUUUUAUCCUACUUUCUCAUUGCUGUCUUUUAAACCUCUGCCACUCUUUCAUUAUUUGUCUAACCUUAUUUUUAUCUAGAUAUCUAAACCAAUAAAUCAUUUUUGCCUAUUUAUAAAUCACCAUGCCAACCCCACACCUUGGUUUUUUUAUUCCUAAAACUAUAUGUACACAGACCAAAGGAAAAACUGUUACAACCCCCCAUCCCCCCAAAAAAAUAUAAAUACCUACCUUACAUGAGUCUCAGGCUGUGGGGGAGAGAGCUGCAUUAUCUCCUGGGCUGCCUUGGCACCAGGCCUCCAUCUUCCCUCCCAGACCCACACACACUGCCAUGCUGCUCACCCUCUUCCUGAGACUAUAAACAUGCCUGUCUGCACCAUGUGACUGCAGCUUCUACUAUCAGCCUCAGGAAAGGCCUGCACCGGCCUCAGUAAUGGAGGCUGUGCACAUGGAUGGGGGGAAAGGGGGUGCUGUCUCUUUAGGCCCCUUAGGACCCACUGGGCCCUUGGCAUUUUGCCACCUUCUGCCCUGCAUUGAAGACAGCUCAGCAUAGCACACUUAAUAAUAGGCUACAGCCUGAGCCAUAUUACAUUUUGUAAAAAAAAAAAAAAGAAAAGAAAAAGGGAGGUACAAGAGACAUUUAGGGGGGAUUCAGAGACUGGGUGCUUAAAGAGAAUUAAAUGGAGAAAGAGGCUGCAAAACUGUGUUUUAGGUCCAGAGAUGCAUUAAAAGAAGACUCCAAGAACCACAACUACUAAAGCCCGCUGCAGUUGUUAUAGUGUUUUAGUGGUGCGGUGGUGCCAUCGAACAGUAAGAUGUCAAACUACUUUAGCGCGGUUUGACAGCUUACCCGGGCACCCAUGCCCGUAUCAAGUUGCCGCCAGUAGAAACAGGGUGUCCCUGUAAAGUUUGGGAGAGGCAUGACCGCACUAACUGGCGGUGAGCGCUCAUCCAACGAGCAUUAGCAUGUUUCGUGCUCCUGCUUGAAAAGACUGGGUGCAAGCUCCCGGCAAGACCCAGAUAAGUUGGCAAACUAUGCUAAAACAGUUUGACAUAUUACUGUGAGAUAGCGCUAUGUAUAUGUAUCAUAUAUACACACACCCUCUGUUCAUAUGGUCACCAAAAAGUUAAUCUCAUAAUAAAAGGAGUUACAUCCUGCCCUAUACAAACAUUCUGUGCCCCUAUGCAAUUCAGAUUAAAAUGGGAACAUGCAGUCCCCUUUAUACUAAGCACUAUAUAUAUAUAUUCAAAGACCCCAUGCAAUGCUUUGUGUCCGACUCUUGAGACACAAGGACAGUGCAGAUGUCACGAGCAGAGGAAAUGGAAAACUGGGGCAGGAACUGUGAAACUGUCUAAAUUCCAGGAUGUGUGAAGGAGAAGGGAACCAGGGAUGCAGGGGAGGGAUGGGAAUUAUUAAUACAUAUGUCAGAACCGUUACUCGCAGAUAAUGUAUGCAAUGCAUUAAUCGGAUGCUUCUUUUAGGAAUUACGCAUUUCUAGUCAUGAACGCCAUUAUACACACAUUGUCACACCUCUGUGCUCGAUGUAUAGACUGUAUAUUACAGAGGAAAUUUGCAGUCUAUACAUCGACUGUUUUUUUUUUUUUUUUUUAAAGUGUUAAAUUCAAGAAAAUGCUUGCACAUAACCUGGACGUGCAGCAAAGUCACAGGAACAUUCCGUGAUUUAAUUGACCCUUAUUUUGAACGUUUUACUUAAAAAAAAAAAUAAACAAAAUAAUCGAUACGCACCUUUAAAAGUUUCUGUGUUUGCAGAAUGGACUAGCAAAACAUAGUUUUGGAGCUCGGAGGAAAGACGAGACAGGGGGCAUAUGAUAGAAACAUUUAAAUACAUAAAGGGAAUCAACACAGUAAAGGAGGAGACUAUAUUUAAAAGAAGAAAAACUACCACAAGAGGACAUAGUCUUAAAUUAGAGGGACAAAGGUUUAAAAAUUGUAGCGGAACGCCAAUAUAAAAUCCACGAAUUCCGCUGGUCCAGAACGAAUCCACAGUCAAGCGCUGAAAACACCAAGGCAAUAUCCCCAACCUCCCAAUAACCGGACGAGACACAGUUUUGGGAGUCAACUGACAAUCCUUUAUUCAGCACGACAAUUUAUACAAGUCCCCAUGCAAGGGGUCUCCUGAGUCCCUUCCCAGGGGCACUCCCAGAGGGGACUACAUGGGGGACUUACAGUAUAACAUAUUUCUCCCAUCAGGCACUGCUGCACGAGAGGGAUCAUCCUCCCAGAAUGCACCGUUAAGGGGAUUAUCCCCUCGUGCAGCAGAACCGGCAAUCCAUAUAAAAAUACAUAACUUUUAAAAUACACGGUGGAUUUACACGAAUGGACGUUCGGUAGAUAGCUGGGGUCUGGGCGCAUCAUUCGUGAGAUUGCCGCUCAGAUCCCAGCCAAAUUAACCGAACGCCGCACAGAAAACACAUUUCUUACAAAACCCACAAAAGGAACCGAUUGCUUUGGGUGAACCUGGUCCUGAAACUCCCGAACGUCUGGGAGGCUCAGCGGUGUUCGUGCCGUCGAAUAACUAUUGGUAGUAGUAUGCGUUCGACGACACGGACCCGCUGACGAACAAGGGAUCCAAGAUGGCCGACCGCCGCAUGGUCGGUAGUCGAACGACGGCCACCCAGGAGAGCCUCUAAUAACCGAUUGCAACAAUGUUGCAAUCGGUUAACUAGCGCCACACGCCUCUAAGUGUGUGGGCUAUUAGGGGGUAUCGCGUUCGGUUCACGAACGGCUUUCUAAAGUGCCGUUCGUGAAACGAAAGAAAAUCCCCAUACAAAACCGCCAAUUGCAUUCGGCGGAAACAGUAUUACAGGUAACACGGAAAAUACAUUCACAUUUACAUAGGUGUAUAGCGCAUAUCUCGCCCGACCUAGUGGCAACCCUUAAAGGCACAGUCUCUAGUUAUUGUCCAAGUGGCUAGGUUUGCCACAAAAAUAAUAUCAGGAAAUAUUACUUCACAGAAAGGGUAAUGAACGCAUGGAACAGCCUUCCAGAUGAAGUGGUAAAGGGUUAACACAGUGAGGGAGUUUAAGAAUGCGUGGGAUAGGCAUAAGGCUAUCCUAGAUGUAAGAUAAGGCCAGUGACUAAUGAAAAUUGGGCAAACCAAAUGGGCCAAAAGGUUCUCAUCUGCCGUCUCAUUCUGUGUAUUAUUAAUAUACACAUUUUCUGUACUCUGUCUAUAUGCAGGGACAUCCUACUCAAUCUACAAGGAGUACAGGCAAAGACAAUCAUUGGAGAGAUCGACUGUGAGCGAACAACUGAAAAAAGAACAUUCUACAAAGGAGUGAAAAUGAUUUAAUUCAGACCAAGCGGUUACCGGAAAAAAAAAAAAGUUCAUUACAUUUCAAGUCUAUUUUUCGAACUCUCCUAAAUAAACGUUGAUAUUGUUUGAUGAUCCAGCGAACAAAGAGAUGAAGCUUAUAUAUUCAUAGACACACCUGUUUAACCCCUUAAGGACACAUGACAUGUUCGACAUGUCAUGAUUCCCUUUUAUUCCAGAAGUUUGGUCCUUAAGGGGUUAAGUUAAAUCAACUGGCGAAUAAAUAAUUCCCAUCACCUACAUGUUGUGCGACCAGAUUUUGUCUUUAUACUUUUGUUUCAUUGGAUUUUAGGUUUACUGGCCUCACGAGAACAAUUUUGACAUGGACACAGACUUCGAUUUGUCAGGUACAGUCAGCACACGUAAUCUGAAUAUGUAUGCAACUUAAAACUGUGUUGAAGGAUUAGGGGUUUAAUAAAGAGAUCUGCCAAUGCAUGUAGUAUUAACACAGAAUUCUCUGAAGCUUAAAUUGGAAAAUUCUGCUCUCAGUAAUUGCAGAGUUUCAUGUUUUUAAAUCCCAGCAUGGAAGGGAAGAGCUGAGGCAAACCAUUAUCAUCCAAGAAUAUACCUGAAAAGGAGGCAAUCAGCUGGAGUGAUAAUAUAAUUGAAUACACGUGCCCUACUAUGGCUCUUCCAGUCUUCAUUCACCUCCUAAUUACCUACUGCAAAAAUUUAGAGUUUUUAUCAGUGACAGAUUAAGGAUAGGGCAAAAGAAGCAGAGGCCCCAGGUAUCAGGAAGGGACCCGACUAGCACUUCUUGAGCAGGAGAGUGGCAGGAACUUAAGGAGCCAGACAUAAUAACAGUGGGAAAAAAAAACAAAGGCACAUCACCAUAGGUAUGCUGUGUUGCAUUCCAUUUCAAUUGUGUUAAAAGAUAUUUGACACUGCCCCCCUGCAUAAUUUUACCCUUGAAAAAUAUAUAGGCGUAUUAAUUAGGGCUAGAUACCCUGGGACUGAUUAUGAAUUAC